GCCUUCUCCGGGCCGUGGCGCCUCUGCCGUGGACGCCGAUCCGAGGGCUCGCGGGCGUCCGCGCCAUGGGAGUGCAGGGGCUCUGGAAGCUGCUGGAGUGCUCGGGCCGCCAGGUCAGCCCCGAGACGCUGGAGGGGAAGAUCCUGGCUGUGGAUAUCAGCAUUUGGCUAAACCAGGCACUCAAAGGAGUCCGGGAUCGGCAUGGGAACCCCAUAGAAAACGCGCACCUUCUCACUUUGUUCCACCGGCUCUGCAAGCUCUUGUUUUUUCGCAUCCGUCCUAUUUUUGUAUUUGAUGGGGACGCCCCACUGUUAAAGAAACAGACUUUGGCCAAGAGAAGACAGAGGAAGGACUCCGCCUCCGGUGAGGCCAGGAAAACCGCGGAGAAGCUGUUGAAGACAUUUCUGAAGAGACAGGCUCUCAAAACAGCCUUCAGAAGCAAAAGAAAUGAAGCACUCCCCAGCCUUACACAGGUUCAAAGAGAAGAUGACAUCUAUGCUUUGCCACCUUUACAAGAGGAAGAAAAACACAGUUCAGAAGAGGAGGAAGAAAGACAAUGGCAAGAAAGGAUGGAUCAGAAACAAGCAUUGCAGGAGGAAUUCUUCCAUAAUCCUCACGCCAUUGACAUCGAGUCGGAGGACUUCAGCAGCCUGCCCCCCGAGAUAAAGCACGAGAUCUUAACCGACAUGAAAGAGUUUACCAAGCGGCGGAGGACGAUGUUCGAAGCCAUGCCAGAGGAGUCUAACGACUUCUCGCAGUACCAGCUGCAAGGCUUGCUGAAGAAAAACUAUCUGAACCAGCACAUAGAGAACGUGCAGAAGGAGAUGAACCAGCUGAGCUCAGGGCAGCUCCGGAGGCAGCUCGAGGAAGAAGGGGGCUUUUUGAAGGAGGUGGAGUCACGGAGAGUGGUCUCAGAAGACACAUCACACUACAUCUUGAUAAAAGGUAUUCAAGCUAGGACAGCUUCCGAAGUGGCCUCGGAGUCUCUUCCUUCUUCCAGCAAAGCGCACCCCUCGUCUUCGAAGGCUCCCAGUGACCCAGGGAAACCCCAGCAGGAGCCCGGGGCCGCGCCGCCUUCUCCAAGGACCUUACUGGCCAUGCAGGAGGCCAUGCUGGGCAGCAGCUCCGACGACGAGCCGCAGGGCGGGGCUGGGGGCCAGUCCGGGGAGGGGACCCCAGGGCCCCCCCCAGACGCAGGCUCCGUCUCUCCGCGGACCCUGGCGGCUAUCCAGCGAGCGCUGAUGGGAGGCGACGAGGCCGCGAGCGAGUGCGCGGGGCCGGCCGUGGGAAUGCCCUCCGGAAACGGCCCCGAGCAGGCUCUGGGCGGAGGGGCCGCCGUGGCCGGUGGGGGAGCGCUGCUCCUCGCCCGUCCCCCUUCGGCCGAGCGUGUGGCCAGCACGGGAGGACAAGCACAGCUGGACCCGGCCUCUUCUCCCCGAGCUGCUGCUCCUCGCCGUGGCGCAUCCGAUGGUCCAAAGGAACAAGGGUCCCCCGUGCUUGUGGCCCGCGAAGCCUCGCCGACAAGCCGGGCGGCUGCGGGUGAGGACAGGGAAGGCCUUGCUUGCGAGUGCACCGAGCUUCCUUGCAGCGAUGCCCCCGGCCCCCCCAGAGGAAGGGGACCUACACCAGAACCUCCAACAAGCGCAAGCUCUGCGCCGGGGAGGGAGCCACGCGCCAGAGAGCUCGAGCUCCCGAGUGACCGCCGCGCACCCGCGACCCAAAGGGACUCCUCGCCUCCUGCCAGUGCUGACGAGUCAGAUGGUGGGCAAAACCCUGCUGGGCAGGAGAGGUGUGCAGCUCAAGUCCCUCCAGAGGCAAUGGGUGACCUAGAAAAUGCAUCGUCCAAGGCUGAAGAACAUGGCCAUCCCUUAAAAUCCACCCAGGAGCUGGAGACGCCCGAGCAGUUGAUUCCAGCCCCACGGUCCUUGGAGCCAAUGGAGACGCAGUCUGCAGACAGCGAGUCUGAUGGAAGUUUCAUUGAAGUGCAGAGCCUGGCCAGCGAUGGUGAGGAAGGCUCCAGGCCUCCCUCUGAAGGCGAAGAGGAGGAGGAAGGCUCUGUGGACUCGGAGCGCCUCCUACUGGGCAGCUCCGGAAGUGAGCCUGUGGACACGGACGUGCACAAAGGAAGCGAACACGAUGAUGCAGAGGGCUCGCUCAGUGAAUGGCAAGAUAUUAAUUUGGAGGAGCUUGAGGCCCUGGAGAGCAACCUUCUAGCAGAACAGAACUCACUGAAAACUCAAAAACAGCAGCAGGAGCGGGUCGCCGCCACUGUAACGGGACAGAUGUUCCUGGAGAGCCAGGAGCUGCUGCGUCUCUUUGGCAUUCCCUACAUCGAGGCCCCCAUGGAGGCGGAGGCGCAGUGCGCUGUCCUGGACCUCACUGACCAGACUUCUGGAACCAUCACCGACGACAGCGAUAUCUGGCUGUUUGGAGCCCGGCAUGUCUAUAAGAACUUUUUCAGUAAAAACAAGUUUGUAGAGUAUUACCAAUAUGUGGACUUUCACAACCAACUAGGAUUGGACCGGAGCAAAUUAAUAAAUCUGGCCUAUUUGCUGGGCAGUGAUUACACAGAAGGCAUCCCAACCGUAGGUUGCGUUACAGCCAUGGAGAUUCUCAAUGAGUUCCCAGGACGCGGCCUGGAGCCGCUCCUGAAAUUCUCAGAGUGGUGGCACGAAGCUCAGCAGCACAGGAGGACGGCCCCCAACCCUCACGACACCAAAGUGAAGAGGAAGUUACGAGAGCUGCAGCUCGCACCCGGCUUUCCCAACCCGGCAGUUGCGGACGCUUACCUCAGGCCCGUGGUGGACGACUCCAAGGGAUCGUUUCUGUGGGGGAAGCCCGAUCUCGAGAAGAUCAGAGAGUUCUGUCAGAGAUACUUCGGCUGGAACAGCUCGAGGACGGACGAGUCCCUGUUUCCUGUAUUGAAGCAGCUGAACGUCCAGCAGACGCAGCUGCGGAUUGAUUCGUUCUUUAGAUUGGCCCAAUGGGAGAAAGCCGAUGCCAAACACAUCAAGAGCCGGAGGCUGAACCGAGCGGUGACGUGCAUGCUGAGGAAAGAAAGGGCAGAGGCGGCCAGGGAGGUGGAGGCAGCCUCUGCGCUCAUGGAGGAAGACUCCGAGACCCUGGGCGAGGCUAAGGGGACGACCCGCAGGAGACGCCCAAGGAAGAGCUGCGGAGAGGCAUCAUCGCCUAAACAGAAAAAGCUCGCGGGUGCUGCCCGAGAGGACAAGAGUGGUGGGUUUCUCGGGGACUCCUGCCUCCCCGAGUCGCCUGGGGUGUCUUCUGUAUGUGUGGAGCACGCACAGGGAGCCCAGGGGUCCCAAGCCACCUCCUCAGAGUUGCCCGGCCUCCACUUGCUGAGGGAUGUCCCCGGGAAGGGAGGUGGCGUCGCCGUGAGUAGCUCCAGUGACGAGGAUGAGGACGAGGAGGAGGCAAAGGUGACCGCUAGGCCUGUGUUUGGGAGGAAAUCAGGGAAGCUGAGAAGCUGGAGGGGAAGGAAAAGGAAGGCCUGAUUGAAAACGUGGAUCUUGUACUUGGAAGGACAACUCUCUGUGAUGAAUUUGUACUGAGGACCUAACAUUAAAUCUCUAUGGACAGCCCA